GGCACCUAUAGAGGACAAAUUCCCUUACGGUCGAGAAUAGCCGUUAAAUUCUUACGUUGUAACGGUUAAGGAUAACCGUAUAAAUCCUUGGGUAAAAGUUCAAGGAUAGCCUUAGAAAUCCUUGGGGGAACGAUAUGAGAUAGCCGUUGUAAAAUCUCGGAGUGAAUCCCAUUGGCAAGGGUUGUUUGCCAAACUAGUGCGGUGCUUUGACGGAGUUCAAGAGACCGAGACUUAGUGGAUUGGGAAAUCUUUAAGGAGGAGCCUUAAGAUGGAAUAUUUUAUUCAAUCAAUUGAUUUUGAUUUAUGGUUGAAUAUACUUCACGGGCCAUUUGUGCCGAGUAGUGGUGAUUUUGCAGGUUUGUCUUUGGAGGACAAGAGGAAACUAUCCAUUAACGCAAAAGCAAUCAACAUCCUUCAUUGCUCUCUUGGCCCCGACGAGUUUGCACGAGUAUGCUCAUGCAAAACGGCCAAGGAGGUAUGGGAAUUGCUACAAGCUACUCAAGAAAGCGACACCUCAACGAAGCAAACGAUGAUUGCCCUUGGGAACUCCGAAUACGAAUCCUUCAAGAAAGGGUCAAAUGAGACAAUCCAAGAUAUGAACAAAAGGUUCAACGAGAUUGUCAACAAAUUGAGUAAGUUGGGUAAGACGUAUACUACUUCCGAGAUUAAUACGAAAAUUCUAUUUUCUUUACCUAAAGAAUGGCAUAGUAGUAUCGUAGAUUUAUUACCCAAGUGUGAUAAGGCCGAAACCGCCCACAUUUGGUCUUCCUUGUAUUCUCAUGAACUUUUGUUGAGAAAGACCAAAGAGGAAGAAAUGCGUGAGAAUCUCAAACUUACCAACGCCUUCAAAGCUUCAAAAGACUCGUCUAGUGAAGAGUCUAGUGAAUCAAGUGAUGAUUCAAGUGACUCAAGCUCUUCGGAAGAGUCAAAUGAUGAAGAAGAUGAAGAGAAGGCAAUGAGAAUGAAGUAUACGAAUUUCCUCAAAUGGAAGAAAUAUGUGAAGAGGAAAGAAGUAUAUUCAAAGCCGAAGAAAGAGCGGCUGUUGGAACACGGGUUUACGCCUUCGUCGUACUAAACUGUGUUCGUUUAUGACAGGUUUUGAUAAUGCCAAAUCGCCGCGACAUAUCGAAGCUAAAGUGAGCAAAACUAAGGCGAAGGAACAUGGCAUGAUGACUUGAGAACCAAGAACCCAGAAUCAAGAACGAAGAACUAGAAUUGUAUUGAGUCGGUCUUAAUGUGAUCAAGACCGGCACAAAAUUCCAAAUCUUGGCUCUCUAGGCUUAAUUCAUAAAAAAAACUCCUUUACAUA